AUGGAUGAACUACCUGCUAUUCAGUUAUCCGAUCUAAAUGAAUUUAUAACAUGUAAAUUAUGUAAAGGUUAUUUAAUUGAUGCUGUUUCGAUAACUGAAUGUCUUCACCCAUUCUGUAAAUCUUGUAUAGUUAAGUAUUCAGAAGAAAAACGCGAAUGUCCUGUUUGCGGGAUUCUCAUCCAUCAAAGUCACCCAUUAAAUUACAUGAGUUUUGAUCGUACUCUUCAAGAUAUUGUUUAUAAAAUUGUACCAGAUUUAAGACAAAAAGAGAGACAACGUCGUGAGGUCUUCUAUAGAUCUCUUGGGAAAACUCCACCUCCCUCAGAAGACUUAGGCAAAGAAACUCAUGUAUUAGUCAGUAAAGAGAAUAUCACAGGUGCAGUUCCAUCUGAUUCUGACGGAUUAACUUCCAAUUUUGAUUCGGAUUAUCAUCGUAAAGAUGAACAAGUCAAUAUACAACUUGAACCGGGAUCUGAUAAUCUGGAACCAUUAACUGAGAAAUAUUUACGACUUUCAUCGAGGGCUACAGUGACACAUUUACGAAAAUAUGUUGCCCAACAAGUUCUUCAUGAUAUAUCUAAGUUUCAUGAAAUUGAUAUUUUUAUACAAAAUAAUGAAGAUGGUACUUUUCUUGGUCGCGAUCAUGUAUUGAAAUUUGUUCGUGUUGUUUAUUGGAAUGAUGUCGAACCGAUGCCACUGCAAUAUCGUUACAGCAGAAUGAUUUACUAA